UGGGCCUCCGCCCUAGUACAUAUUAGGGGACACCAUGCAGGUGAGGAAAUGUGCUCGCCAGGGUGACAUUUGACACUCCACCCAACACGGCAUACCACUGUUAUUCGACAACUGCCGGACUGGGCAGCGCGCCUUACGACUGAGUGGGUGCGCCUGUUGGCUCGACCAUGAGAUCGCGUCGUAACGACGAACGACUUCGAUCUUCAGCUUCGAGUCUCCUUCACUGCGCCAGAGGUUGCCCUUGCAGUGCUUUGUCCCUUCGCUCGGCCUCAAUGAACCGUCACUGUCUCUCUGCCUUCAGUCUCCCCGCUGAUGUUCCUACAUUUCGGCAAUCUGUCGUGGAAGCGUCUCUGUCCUUCACGAUCAAACCAUUGGACGUGCCGAUUUUGGAUGCGGUCAAGUGGACGCAGUGGUGGCAAGCAUACAUGGUACUCAGUUUUUGUCUCCUCCACGUCGUCUUCCACUGGGCAGAGCCCUCUGAUAGAUGCAAAGAGGACAAGAUCCCCGAUGAUGAGUUAGAAUUGCUGCUUGUCCAAGCUUGGAGAACGGACAUGGAGGGUGAUUUUCUGGGGAUCCUGUUCGGGGAAGUGCACGACGGCCACCUGGCGACCAUCACGGACGAGUUGCUGGUGUUUUUGAGCCAACUACUCAACGAUCUGCCAUUGAAGAUUCUCUCGCACUGUGAGGAGAAGCCAGGGACAGCCACGCUCGUUCGCACGUUGGAGCCCGCGUGUACGGAGUUGGAGGAAGGAAGCUACUACGUGCCCUCGGCAGGUGCGUAUCUACACGUCGACAUCACCGAUCUUUCCACGUGGGACCCGCUCAUCCGGCGUGCUCCUGCCGGAGAGACGAGUGGAGAAGAGGAGGAGGACGACGAAGAAGAAGCAUCGGUGGAGGAAGAAGAUCGAAAAUCUGAUCCCGAUUAUCGAGGAUCGAAGGACGAAGAGUUAGAGGAGGCCGGUUCGGAGGAGGAGGCAGACGAAGAAGAAAACGCGUCGAGGGAUUCAAAUGAACUGGCCGAGCUAACCAGGGAGGAACGGGAAGCCGAGGCCCAGAGACGGCGAGAGGCCGCAGAAGGCAAACGACCGAUCAUGGAAUCAGGGUCGCCGUCGCAGCUGCUGCAGGGCAAUCCGACACUCAACCCGGAGCUGCCGCGACAAGAAGACGAGUGGGAUGGAGCCGCCGCCGCAGAGGRAWCAAGGAGCCGMCGCCGCCRAUGAAGCGAAUCRCCCUCCCAAUCCUCCGCAGCUUCCAGCACAACCCUUCAUCUACGUCGAGAUGCGGGCGCUCAAGUUU